AAGGUGCCCAACCUCAGGCGUAAGAAGAACCACGAACAAGAAGAACUCAACUCAUCACCCAUCAAGAAACAAGACCACGGCAUUCCCGAUAUUUCCCCCGUUCAUCUCAGACUCAUCAACUCAUCCCCCAUCAAAAGAAAGAAGUCGGUAGCAUUUUCAGACGAUUUGGUGUCGGAAGUGCCCAGCUCGCCAUUACGCCCAUCCACCCCACAAAGAUCCAUUUUGAAGACUAACAACCUCAUCCUCCUGAACUCGUCCCCACCCCCAACAGACCCCAACGACACCAGGCGCUGGACACCCAAUCACUCCCCCUCCGCAUAUGGACCGGCAAACCCCAUGUUCUGGAUCCAGGGAACCAUCAUCCAAUUGGCACCCAACUCGGUAAAACUCCCUCAAUUGGUCGAGGGCUGUGUCUCAGUUCUAGUUGAAGAAGAUUUCUCCAAAAAGUUCGAGGUCUACGCUACUUUGAACAAUAUCUACAAAUCCAAUCCUUCCGAAGUUUUGGUAAAGCUUUUCACAAUUUCUUCCACAAGCGUACAUCUUCCACAAAGUCUUAAACGUGAUCCGUCUACUAACCACAUCAUCAACCUCACGUACCUCAUCAAAAGAGACAUCCUAAAAAUCGAAGAAUCCAUCUUUGAAAACGAACUAGAGCAAGACAAAGAAAACGUGAGUCCCCCUCGGACGGAUCCGUUCAGAAUCCGUGUUAUAAAUCAAGCUCUUAAACUCCUCAACAACAUCAUGUUAGACCCAGAGUUGAAUAAUUUCAUACCUAUGGAUGAAGUAAGAUGGAUCUACAAGCAUUGUGCUAGUAUUCUAACAAAACCUUAUAUUUCAAAAGCGUUAGUCGCGCCAUAUUUAUUGAUCAUUAAGGACUGUAAAUUUAAUAAGAAAAGGAAGAAAAUAUUGUUUGAAUCUCUGGAUAUACCGGAGUCUUUGCUCAUGAGUUUACUCAAUAUGAAAAGUUUCAAUUCCUCAUCAAUCGUCACUGAAAAAUUCCUUUGCAUACGGAACUUUGUUAUCAAUUUUCCAACAGUGAUGGCUAAGAAUGUUCAUCACUGGAUUGGAGUUCUUAUCUUGAGUAUUUGCAACUUAUCUUGUUCCUUCUAUUAUACGAAAUGCAUAGGUGUGAGUAUUAACACACUAUUGGAGGUUUCCAAGGUUUUUUUGGAUAACAGUCUAGUCAGGGCAGCUGUUAACCAGCUUGUGGAAUCAGAGUUACCAGAGAAAAUAAAAUUGAUUACCUCGGACUCUCCAGCGCCAAUUGAAAUUUACGAAACUCAGGACUCUGUGAAGUUCAAGAAGGCUCCAGCAAUUCACUACAUUAUUGGAAAGCUUGAAGAAAACAUAAUGGAUGAAAAUUACAAGGCCAGCAUGGAUACCUGGUUCUCGAUAACCUUAUUUCUUGGUGAUAAUGGAUCGUUGGAAAGAUGGAUGUACCUCAGUGAUUGGCUCAAAAUUCCCCAAAUGUGUUUUAAUACGUCUAACUUACAGGCCAAGCUUUACGCUUUGAACAGCUGGAAAUGCUUGAUCUAUAGUGUAUGCCACAAUGAUUUAGAAGAAUUAAAGAAGCUCGUGGAUAGACCAAAGAAGGCACAAGAAGCUAAAGGGUCCAGUCAAAAUGAUCAAGGGUCUAAGAGUAUGCUCAAUUCUUCAUUCAAACAGAAGGUGAGAUUGCUCACUCAUUUGUUCUCAAGUAUCGAAUCAAAACAGCCCCCUCAAACAGAAAUAAUGGAUUGUUUGUUCAAUUUAUUUCUUUCAAUAAUUUAUAUGUUAUUGAAUCCUUGCUCUUUUAGGGUAAACGUCAAAUACCUCCAUAUUUACUGGGAUAAAAUUAUUCAACCAAUUAUCUUUAGCUUCUUCUUUAAAAAGGAGAAUGAUUCAUCAAACUAUUUACAAAAUUUGGGGCUUAAGAUUUUAACACACCUUUUAAAGCCCUCUUCUAUGAGCAUAACAGAAAGAAAUUUCAAUGAAAUUAGAUGUUUGAAUAAUGAUCCGGUUACUUUGGCUGAGAUAAACUCUCUUCCUUCAAGAUGGGUCUAUACCAAAUUUGAUCGUAUCUUUAAUAAUAUUGCUGUGGUUUUUAAUCUGCUGAAGUUAACUUUGGACCAAAAGGUAAACUUUUUCAAUUCUUUCUUGGGGAGUAUCAAAGGAAUAACAAAAAAGGAGGUGAAGACUUCGGAAUUAACACUCGAUAUCAUUGACAACUUGCCAACACUUUUGGUGGAGUUAUUCAAGCAAGAACCACACAGCUUUGAUUUAGCCUACCGAUUGGUGAUAAUGAUAAACGAUACUUUUGAUGCAAGCCAUCUAAUCGUUGAUCGUAAAGAUGGAAUUUAUCUGGUCAUCUUGGGUAGCUGUAUGUCUACGUUGGAUAUUACUCAGAAGAAGGACUUGUUAACUUUGAUCACCUCAUCUUUAUCAAACAAGAAAUUAAUAAGCUUCCUUAUUCAGCUAACCCAAUCUGAGUUUUAUUCCACGGAUAUGGAUCUGAUAAUAAUCAGUUUCCUCAACAAUAGGCCAAUAGAAAGGGGCCAACAAGAGCUUCUGAUUUAUGGGAAGUUCUGUCAAUUAGAAGCUGAAGGGUUUGAACCAUUUGUUAAGAAGUUAAUCCAGAGUGUUGUUGCAUUACUGAAUACAGAAGACUUGAGGACUGCUUUUGAUUCAUUGAAUGUCGAGAAAUGGAGUUUUAGUGUUUUCAAAUACUUAUUGCUUCUUAUUCAAAAUGCACCAAGUAAAACAAUUCAAUCAUUUUCAAAGUCGAUUACCGAAGCCAAGUUGAAAGUUGCUACAGUUCAAUUGGAUUUCGUAAAAUUCUUGAUAACUUCAAAUUGCAGUUAUCUCAUUAGUGUGUUGGCAGAUCCAAUAUUUGAAUUAUCCAGCGCUAAGCUGUUCCAUCCAAUUUGGGUAUCGUUUCUUGAAUCGAACAUUGAAAAUUACGCCUUGUUGGAUAAGCUCUUGGUGAAAUUUCAUGAUCUUGAAGAUUUUGAUGUGAAACCCUUUACUAGGAAUAAGUGGGAUGACUUACCUUUACUAAAGGAAAGAUGGCUUCAAACUAAUGGUGAGUUG